AUGCCAACUGCAGAAACAACUGCAUCCCCAACAACAACUGAAUCCCCCACUACAGAGCAAACAACUGAAACCUCAACAACUUUAGAAGCAACAACUGAAUCCUCAACAACUGUGGAAACAACUGAAUCCACAACUGCACAACCAACAAGAACUGAAUCCCCGACAUCUGCAGAAACAACUGCAUCUCUAACAACAACGGCAGAAUCAACAACAGCUGAAUCCCCGACUACAGAGCAAACAACAACUGAAAUCAUAACAACUUCAGAAGCAACAACUGAAUACCCAACAACUUCAGAACCAACAACAAGUGCAUCCCAAACAACGACUGCAGAACCAACAAGUGAAUCACCAACAACAACUGCAGAACCAACAACGACUGCAGAACAAACAAUUGAAUUAUUUACAACUACAGAACUAACAACAAAUGAUUCCCCAACAACUGCAGAGCCAAAAACUGAAUCAUCAACAACUGUAGAAUCAACAACUGAAUCCCUGAUAACUGCAGAACCAACAACAACUGAAUCCCCAACAACAACUGAAUCAUCAACAACUAUGGAAGCAACAACUGAAUCCCUGAUAACGACUUCAGAACCAACAACAACUGAAUCCCCAACAACAACUGCCGAACCAAUAAUAAGUGAAUUCACAACAACAAUGGCAGAAGCAAUAACUGAAUCCGUGACGACUACAGAACCAGAACCACCCACUGAAUCUCCAACAACUACAGAACCAAUAACAACUGAAUUACCAACAACUGGAGAACCAACAACAAGUGAAUCUGCUGAAAGCACAACUUCAGGUCGAUUACCAACAAUAGCUGAAACCACGAGUGCUGCACUUGUAACUGUGAUACCCACUGUAACUUCACAAGCUACUCAAAAUUCUGGAUCAACAACUACAUCUCAAGCUGGAUCCACACAACAAACCACCACUGCAGCAUUCACUGCUUCUACAAAUGCAGCAACUACAGGCCCAACCAUGGCUUCAACUCAAAGUACAGUUACUUCACCUGCAACAGGAGCAACAACAUCAGCAGCAAUGAGGACAACAGAAACUGCAACAACUCUAUCAGCAACCACAGCCGUAACACCAUUAUCCGGUGCAACAUUUGGUCCCACCUCAACUGCAGGUUCGACAACCGAAAAACAAACAAAAGCUACAACCUCUUCUGUGUCAACAGGAUCACCACCAACUGUAACGACAACUUCAUCUGUACUCGUAUCUUCUACUCUAGCUACCGCAUCAACAGCAAUUAUAGCAACAACAACUGCUUCAUCUAACCCAUCUGCUCCAAGCACAACUUCAGGGCCUUUACCAACAAUCGCUGAAACCACGAGUGUUGCAUUCGUAACUGUUUCUCCCACAAAUUCUGCAUCAACAACUGAAGCAUCUACAAAUUCAGAACCACCAAAUUCAGCAUCUACCACAACAGUUCCAAAUGCGUCGAUGCUUCCCACUACAUCUGCAGUUCUUGGCACAGCAACAUCACCAAUUACAACUUCUGUAUCAGCAACAGGUGUUGUACCAACUGCAACUUUAACAAGGACAACCACAGCACCGUCGUCUUCUUCCCUAUCAGGUACUGCUUCAUCAACAACUGCAGCAGUAACUGCUACAACAGCUUCAGGCACAUCUAAAACUACAGCACCACCUGCUACUUCCCUGACAACUGGGACUCUAUCACCUACAGAAUCAACUACGUCACGAAGCCCUACUUUAUCUCCAACUACCACUGCAGCGAAAAUCUACACGACAACUGCCACUGGAGCAACAACAGCAUCUCAGAUAACACCUCUAGAAAUAACAUCAAGCACAGUUCCAGUUACAACUACUUCUCACACAACAGCUGCAUCUCCAGCAACGACUACAUCUCAAACUGGAAAUACACCACAAACCACCACUGCAGCAUUCACGGCUUCUACAACUGCAGCAACUAGAGGCCCAACCAUGGCCUCAGCUCAAAGUACAGUUACUUCACCUGCAACAGGAGCAACAACAUCAGCAGCAAUGAGGACAACAGAAACUGCAACAACUCUAUCAGCAACCACAGCUUUAACACCAUUAUCCGUUGCAACAUUUGGUCCCACCUCAACUGCAGGUUCGACAACCGAAAAACAAACAAGAGUUUCGACCUCUUUCGUGUCAACAGGAACACCACCAACCGUAACGACAACUUCAUCUGUACUCGUAUCUUCUACUCUAGCUACCGCAUCAACAGCAUUCAUAGCAACAACAACUGCUUCAUCUAACCCAUCUGCUCCAAGCACAACUUCGGGUCAUUUACCAACAGUACCUGAAACCACGAGUGCUGCACUCGUCACUGUUACUCCCACAAAUUCUGCAUCAACAACUGAAGCAUUUACAAAUUCAGAACCACCAAAUUCAGCAUCUACCACAACAGUUCCAAAUGCGUCGAUGCUUCCCACUACAUCUGCAGUUCCUGGCACAGCAACAUCACCAACUACAACUUCUGUAUCAGCAACAGGUGUUGUACCAACUGCAACUUUAACAAGGACAACAACAGCACCGUCGUCUUCUUCCCUAUCAGGUACUGCUCCAUCAACAACUGCAGCAGUAACUGCUACAACAGCUUCAGGAACAUCUAAAACUACAGCACCACCUGCUACUUCCCUGACAACUGGGGCUCUAUCACCUACAGAAUCAACCACGUCACGAAGCCCUACUUUAUCUCCAGCUACCACUGCAGCGAAAAUCUUUACGACAACUGCCACUGGAGCAACAACAGCAUCUCAGAUAACACCUCUAGAAAUAACAUCAAGCACAGUUCCAGUUACAACUACUUCUCACACAACAGCUGCUUCUCCAGCAACGACUACAUCUCAAACUGGAAAUACACCACAAACCACCACUGCAGCAUUCACGGCUUCUACAACUGCAGCAACUACAGGCCCAACCAUGGCCUCAACUCAAAGUACAGUUACUUCACCUGCAACAGAAGCAACAACAUCAGCAGCAAUGAGGACAACAGAAACUGCAACAACUCUAUCAGCAACCACAGCUUUAACACCAUUAUCCGUUGCAACAUUUGGUCCCACCUCAACUGCAGGUUCGACAACCGAAAAACAAACAAGAGUUUCGACCUCUUCUGUUUCAACAGGAACACCACCAACUGUAACGACAACUUCAUCUGUACUCGAAUCUUCUACUCUAGCUACCGCAUCAACAGCAUUCAUAGCAACAACAACUGCUUCAUCUAACCCAUCUGCUCCAAGCACAACUUCGGGUCAUUUACCAACAGUACCUGAAACCACGAGUGCUGCAUUCGACAACAACAGCACCGUCGUCUUCUUCCCUAUCAGAAUCAACCACGUCACGAAGCCCUACUUUAUCUCCAGCUACCACUGCAGCGAAAAUCUUUACGACAACUGCCACUGGAGCAACAACAGCAUCUCAGAUAACACCUCUAGAAAUAACAUCAAGCACAGUUCCAGUUACAACUACUUCUCACACAACAGCUGCUUCUCCAGCAACGACUACAUCUCAAACUGGAAAUACACCACAAACCACCACUGCAGCAUUCACGGCUUCUACAACUGCAGCAACUACAGGCCCAACCAUGGCCUCAACUCAAAGUACAGUUACUUCACCUGCAACAGAAGCAACAACAUCAGCAGCAAUGAGGACAACAGAAACUGCAACAACUCUAUCAGCAACCACAGCCGUAACACCAUUAUCCGGUGCAACAUUUGGUCCCACCUCAACUGCAGGUUCGACAACCGAAAAACAAACAAAAGCUACGACCUCUUCUGUUUCAACAGGAACACCACCAACUGUAACGACAACUUCAUCUGUACUCGAAUCUUCUACUCUAGCUACCGCAUCAACAGCAUUCAUAGCAACAACAACCGCUUCAUCUAA